UUAAUGGCCAGCCUUGGUUCGGCGUCAAACAUGGACGACUGCCUUAAUGUGGCAUUGUUGGACCCCCCAACAUCUCCAACCUCACCCAAACAAGGCGGUAUAACAGCACCUCUUGAUUUCUCCUACCUCACGCCUUCGAAGUUUGGAAUAACAACUAACAGCUUCUCUGUGCCCUCCAAACUCAAAGACAAAUCCAGAGUGUCACAGCUGAAGGACAGACGGAGGUCAACAAUUGGAGUCAGGGGAUCCCCAGAAACCAAUGCUCUCAUCCGCUACAUAGCCAAGCAGAGAAUGCAGGCCCCUUCACCUGCAACAGAGCAUCUGCGAUUGCAAUCGUCACUGCCAAGAAGCCAAACGCUGAAGCAGAAAAUGGCUGCUUUCCAGUUUGUGAUGGAGGACGUUGAUGAGGAGGAGAAAUUAGAAUGGAAGAUUACACCGGGAAAGAGAGAUCAGAAGUUGGAUUGCAUCUGGGCAGGCAAGGCCCAGUCUGAUAAUUUGACUUUACCCCUGGGUAAGGAGAACAGGGUCACACCAGGCUAUCAAGCUCCCACGACACCCCCACCCUUGAAGCGAGUGUGCAGAGGCCCGCUGCAGGAAUGUGAAGGGAAGAUUACAGGGGCCACAUUCUCUGUCCCAGCAUGCACCUCUCAGGAGGAGGUUCAAGGUUUUGACUUUCAGAGCCCCAUUGCACAUCAGGACACCGCCUUCCAUCGACAGCUUCAACAUAUGCCUUUCCCUAUCCUAUCACAACAAAUUAAAACUAAUUUAAACCAUAGAGAUGAGUCUGGGAUCUCAUCUGUUACCAAGAAGAAGAGGGUGCAUUUUGGUGUGCCACUGUCCCCUGAGUUUUUUGACAAGACUCUCCCUCCAAGCACCCCGCUACAGAAGGGUGCUACCCCACUGCGUCAGCCAGCAUCAGCGGCCUCAAAGCAGCGGUCUCUGCUAAAGACCCCCCAAAGAAAUGAAGCUUCCCUUCCAAAGCCCAACUUCAACAGUCCAGAGGCUGGAAGUGGCAUCAGUCAGACAAAAGUUCUUGAAGGAGCAGUGAGCAGUGACAUUGUGUUCCGGGAUUCAGAGGAUGAGAUUCCUCGAUUUGUACUUGAGGAGGAGGAUGAAGUUGAGCUUGAGGCAGAGCUGAACAGUGCAGGUAUUUCCGAAGAUGCCUCCUCGGACGAACUGGCUGGCUCCCAGGCACAUGUUGUGACCUCUCUUUUCAAAGCAGAGCCCCUACUUGAGGAACAGACAGGAGCUGAGCCAGAGCUCAUCUCCUCCCCACAGCAGGAGCCUCCUCCUCUCCAGCAGCAGGAACAGCAGGACCCCGCCACCUCCAGCAGCCCAGGCAGACCCCGCGGCAGGAAGAGAAAGCAACCAGCAGCAGCAGCAGCAGCCACAGCUGCUGAGAGUGAGCCCCAGUCUGAGAGCAGGAGACCCAGCUGCACGGCCUCGCCAUCUGCCUUGGGGAAGAAGACACUUCGCGGCCAACGCCAUUCGGAACGGAAGCGGGUGCACUUUGGUGCGCCGCUCUCUCCUGAGUUUUUUGACAAGACUCUCCCUUCAAGCACCCCACUAAAGAAGGGUAGCACCCCAUUCCGUCACCCAGCCUCUGCAGGCGCAGAGCUGUGUCCAGUGCUAAAGACUGCACUGGGAAAUGAAGCUCCACUUUCACAGCCUGACUUCAGCAGUCCAGAGGCCGGUAGUGGCUCACCAACCCUUGGCCAGACCGAAGGCCCUGAAGCAGCUGUGAGCAGUGAUCUCAUACUCCAAGAUGCAGAGGAACAGAUUCCCAGACUUCUUCUUGAGGAAGAUGAUGAGGUUGAACCGGAGGUGAACACUGCAGGUAUUCCCAAAGAUGCCUCCUCAGACAAGAUGGCUGACUCCCAGGCACCUAACAUGAACUCGCCUUGCCAAGUGGAGCCUCUCUUAGAGGAGCAGACAGAAGCUGAGCUGGAGCUCCUUUCCUACCCGCAGCAGCAGCAGCAGCAGCCGCCUCCACCUCCUCCUCCUCUCCAGCAGCAGGAACAGCAGGACUCCGCCACUUCAAGCAGCCCAGCCAGACCCCGCGGCAGGAAGAGAAAACCACUGGUGGCGGCGGCGGCCGCAGUAGCUGAGAGCGAGCCCCAGACAGAGAGGAGGACUUCCAGCCGCUCUGCUGCUCUCUCAGCCUCAGGGAAGAUGAAGGACUCUACAGGAAAGCGGCGUUUCGGAGGUAAGGAUGUGGACCGCUCACUGUACGGGAAGAGAGCAUACGCCUCCAAGAACCCUCUGCUCAGCCCCAUCUUUGAACCCCCGCUUUCCAAUGGUGUCUGCGUUACUCCAGCUAACCCUUCUGGAAUAUCCACAGUAAAAGCAAGUCGCAAGUCUCAGGAGUCUUCUCAGAAAAACCAGAGUGAAGCUGCGAGUGAUAUUCAUCACUGCAGCCACCAGGUGGCGCCAACGCUUCUGCCCGAGUCAUUCAGGAAAUCUCAAGCGACCUCACUGAAACCAAGCCUUCACCUGAAAUUCCUGCAGCCGUAUCAGAGGUGA